AUUAGAAAGGGUGGCUUUGAGUCCGGAUCUCAGGGCUUUACGGGUCUUGGCUGGGAGCCUUUGCCUGUCCCGUCGCGAUCAUGUCGUUCUGCAGCUUCUUCGGAGGCGAAGUUUUCCAGAAUCACUUCGAGCCAGGUGUCUACGUGUGUGCCAAGUGCGGCUAUGAGUUGUUCUCCAGUCACUCAAAGUACGCACACUCCUCCCCUUGGCCAGCAUUCACUGAAACCAUCCAUGCAGACAGUGUGACCAAGUGCCCUGAGAAAAACCGACCGGAAGCUUUAAAGGUGUCCUGUGGCAAGUGUGGCAAUGGGUUGGGCCACGAGUUCCUGAAUGAUGGCCCCAAGCGGGGGCAGUCACGAUUCUGAAUAUUUAGCAGCUCACUGAAGUUCCUCCCUAAAGGCAAAGAAGCUCCUGCCCCCCAGGGGCACUAGGGCUCUGCAGGAGAUGGACCUUGAAUGGACUGCCCUGGCCAACUGUUCCAGCCUCAGUCACUGUAUGAUCUGCUCUGGUUAAAUCCUUCUAUGCCAGCCAGGGUGGUGAUGACCUGUGACCUUCGGGGAGGGGAGCAGGCAGAUGCCGGGGAUUCUUGGAUCCUUGUCUUCUGGCAGAGAAAACAGAACUCCAUUUCACAAUUUGCAGGCUCAUCUUGCCUCACUCUGGUUUGGGAAAGUGACUGUUGCCCUAUUGUCUGGCCAGCAUGGCAGGGACUCUGUUCUCGCCACUUCGUCCAGAGUGUCCCUCUUAAGAGAAAGCCACUGUUCCUUAUUGUAUGUGCUUGGAAGCUCUUGACAUCUGGGAGAGUGGGUGAUGCUGAGACCUACUCCCCCUUGAUUGCUCUCUGGAGUGAUCAAGAAGUCAAUAAACAUGAAGCCUGAGCUGGUUGCCAUGUUUGUUUCAUGCUAGGGGUUGAACUAGGAUUAUAAGCGCCACUGUACUUGAUUUGAGUUUACAGUGUUUAGACAAUGCCCAGCGUCUGCAGAGCCCUAGGGAGAGGUUAGUCUCCCUCGUCUGUCUCAGAGCUAGGAGGACUCCUCAGUCUCGGGGAAGAAGGCGCAGGCUUGAUGGUCUUGAAGCUUGGAAGAGCCAGGCAGGGGCCGGGUCUGCAGGGGUGUGAAACAUUUGCCUGGAGAUCCACUGGGCUCAGGGCCUUCUUGUGAGUAAGACUGGCUGAACCUUUGUCUGGCCCACUGUUGAGAUGUCCCCCAGGAAUGAAGGGAAGUGAGGCCUUCUCUGGUGAUACGACCUCCUGAACAGUGGGUCUUGACGUGGUGAUAAAUUAACAUUAAUUGGGGGUUACUAUCCCACCUUUGAUUGUUAGGAGCUGCGUUGGCCAUUGCAACAUGGCGCCGGUUUCCUGCUUCCUGGUUCUUCUUGAGAGCCUUGCUUGAAUGUGCGCCUGCGCAAGGCGCGAAAACCAGUAUGCUAAUUGGCGAUGUCGUAAGAGCCAAUGAGUGUGUGGCACGUCUCCUAGGGCUCUAUAUAAGCCACAGGUUUUUCGGGCUAGGCGUCCCUCGCUUCACUGCUAUCUAGAGAGCUGUACAAUAAAUUGCUGUCAGAAGAA